GGUGACCCAAACAAACCACGGAAGCUGACAGGUGACGUAGGCGGACCUUCAGGCAAGGCCAGCUGUUCCUAAAAUGUCUAGUAAUAGGCUGCGUGAAGUGUCUGUUACGUCCUGGAGGCGUGUUGGCCCCCCCUCAAACCCGCGAGCACGCACACGCGCGCGCGCCACCAACACCGAGUCAGUGUGCGGGCUCGUGUCUCAGUGGCCACGUUGGAAAGCGAGCCGAGCGGCAGCCUGGGAACUCGUAAACAAACGCAGCCAAGCGGCGCGUAAAGGCUGUGCACGCGCAGCGCCGGGACCAAGCAGUUACAAGAGAAGCCCCCCCCGCCCCCCACCUCUUACCACACACCCUUCUUCUUUAUUGUGCGCUUGAGCAAGGAUCAGGAUAUCCGAAUUGGACAUGUGAGUUGCUGGAGUGUAACAAGACCACCGUCAGACCUCUGCCCAAGAUGAAGUUCCUCGCCUGCGCCCUCGCCACUUUGAUGCUCAUCCGAUCCGGUGCGACGCAGUCGGUUUGUCCAGGUACAGAGAACAAGCUGAGCUCCCUUUCAGACCUGGACCAGCAGUACCGCACCCUGAAGAAACUCUACGAAAACUGUGAAGUUGUCAUGGGCAACCUGGAGAUAACCAGCAUUGAUCGGAACCGCAACCUCUCCUUCCUUAAGUCAAUCAGAGAGGUGACGGGUUACGUGCUGGUGGCUCUGAACCAGUUUGACUACCUUCCGCUGGAGAACCUGCGGAUCAUCAGGGGUACAAAGCUGUACGAAGGCCGCUACGGGCUUGCCAUUUUCCUCAACUUCAGGCGAGAUGGGUACUAUGGAUUGAGGCAGCUGGGCCUUAGGAACCUCACAGAGAUCCUCAACGGGGGCCUUUACGUUGACCAGAACAAAUUCCUUUGCCAUGCAGACACCAUCCAUUGGCGUGACAUCAUCAAAAACCCCCAGGCGGAGCUACUGGUGGUGCCGUCCAACAACAGCAACCUUGGAUGCAGACGCUGUGAUCGCUCCUGUAAUGGACGGUGCUGGGGUCCUCAGGAUAACCAGUGUCAAAUCCUGACGAAGACGGUGUGCGCAGAGCAGUGUGACGGUCGAUGCUUUGGGCCGUACGUCAGCAACUGCUGCCAUCGCGAGUGUGCUGGUGGCUGCUCGGGACCCAAGGACACAGACUGCUUCGCUUGCACUAAUUUCAACAACAGUGGUGCAUGUGUGACCCAGUGCCCUCAGCCAGUUGUGUAUAAUCCCACAUCCUUCCAGUUGGAGCACAAUCCAAGAGCGAAGUAUACCUAUGGAGCCUUUUGUGUCAAGAAAUGCCCACAUAACUUUGUGGUGGACCAUAGCUCCUGUGUCCGUGCGUGUCCUAGCAACAAGAUGGAAGUGGAGGAGAACCGCAUCAAGAUGUGCAUUCCAUGCACAGACAUCUGCCCUAAAGUGUGUGACGGCAUCGGGACAGGCAUCCUGCAGACCGCUCAAACAGUAGAUGCCAGCAAUAUUGAUAAAUUUGUCAACUGCACUAAAAUCAAUGGCAACCUCAUCUUUCUCAUCACUGGCAUUAAAGGGGACAUGUAUCACGGCAUUGGCCCGCUGGAUCCCGAUCGCCUCAACGUGUUCCAUACUGUGAAAGAGAUCACAGGUUACCUCAACAUCCAAUCGUGGCCUGAGAACAUGACUGAUCUGAGUGUUUUUUCCAACCUGGCAACCAUAGGUGGGAGAUCCCUUUAUAGUGGAACCGGGAUCUCCCUGCUGAUCUUGAAACAACGCUGGAUUUCCUCGCUACAGUUCCAGUCUCUGGAUGAGAUCAGCGCCGGCAAUGUCUACAUACUCAACAACAGCCGUCUAUGCUUCUACAAUACCGUCAACUGGACAUCAUUGUUCCGGACGCCGACCCAGAAAGUGCAUAUCCGCAACAACCGAGAUCCGAAGGAAUGUACUCAGAAGCGCAUGGUGUGCGAUAAGAUGUGCUCUGAAGAAGGCUGCUGGGGCCCUGGGCCGGACCAGUGUCUUUCCUGCCGCUACUUCAGGCGGGGCCGCUGCUGCGUUGAGUCCUGCAAUCUCUUUCAUGGGGAAGUGCGUGAAUUUGCCAAUGGAUCUGUGUGUUUGGAGUGCGAUAGCCAGUGUGAGAGGAUGGACGGUAACGCCAUGACGUGUCUCGGCCAGGGUCCAGACCAGUGUGUGAGCUGCCUCCACUUCAAAGACGGGCCCAACUGUGUGGACAAGUGCCCCGAUGGCCUACAAGGAGCCAACAGUUUCAUUUUUAAGUACGCCAAGGCCAAUAACGAGUGUCAUCCCUGCCACGCCAACUGCACCCAGGGGUGCGUCGGGGCCAGACUCCAAGAUUGUGUUGGGAUGAUGGACAGGACGCCCCUCAUCGCCGCCGGAAUCAUCGGCAGUCUGUUCGUCGUCGUGAUUGUGGCGCUCAGUGUUGCUGUCUAUAUUCGGCGAAAAAGCAUCAAGAAGAAGAGGGCCUUGCGUCGCUUCCUAGAGACGGAGCUGGUAGAGCCCCUGACCCCCAGUGGAACGGCCCCCAACCAGGCUCAGCUGCGCAUCCUGAAGGAGACUGAGUUAAAGAGGGUCAAGAUUUUGGGCUCUGGGGCUUUUGGAACAGUCUACAAGGGCAUCUGGGUGCCAGAAGGGGAGACGGUGAAGAUCCCAGUGGCUAUUAAAAUUCUAAACGAGACCACGGGCCCCAAAGCCAACGUGGAGUUCAUGGACGAGGCGCUGAUCAUGGCCAGCAUGGAACACCCCCACCUGGUGCGCCUACUGGGCGUCUGCCUGAGCCCCACCAUCCAGCUGGUCACUCAACUUAUGCCACACGGCUGCCUCCUCGACUAUGUGCACGAGCACAAGGACAACAUUGGGUCACAGCUGCUGCUCAACUGGUGCGUCCAAAUCGCCAAGGGAAUGAUGUACCUGGAAGAAAGGAGGCUGGUCCACAGGGACUUGGCUGCCCGCAAUGUCCUGGUGAAGUCACCCAAUCACAUCAAGAUCACUGACUUUGGCCUCGCACGGUUGCUUGAUGCUGACGAAAAAGAGUACAACGCAGACGGGGGCAAGGUCAGUAUGCCUGUUAAAUGGAUGGCUCUUGAGUGCAUCCACUACAGGAAGUUCACUCAUCAGAGCGAUGUGUGGAGUUACGGAGUGACCAUCUGGGAGCUAAUGACAUUUGGAGGCAAACCGUAUGAUGGAAUAUCAACGCGGGAGAUCCCAGACAUCCUAGAGAAAGGAGAGCGCCUGCCGCAACCACCCAUUUGCACUAUAGAUGUCUACAUGGUCAUGGUCAAAUGCUGGAUGAUUGAUGCCGACAGUCGGCCCAAAUUCAAGGAGCUGGCUGCUGAAUUCUGCAGGAUGGCCCGAGACCCACAACGAUACCUAGUCAUCCAAGGAGAUGAUCGAAUGAAACUACCCAGCCCCAACGAUAGCAAGUUCUUCCAGAGCCUUCUGGAUGAAGAGGACCUGGAUGACCUGAUGGAUGCUGAGGAGUACCUGGUGCCUCGUGGUUUUGACACAGCUCAUCCAUCAUACCCAACAAGACCUUGUGUUGACUUAAACAGAAACAAGUUUGGCUAUCGAGAAGGAGGGCCAAAACUUUCAGAGGGUCCUCUGUCAGGGUCCCAGGCCAGCGUAAAACAAGAAGCCACCGGCAGCCAGGGGGCCAUCGCAGAGGACCAGCGCUGCAAUGGGAACUUGCAUAAUAAGAGUCUGAACCAAGCAGGGGCCGAAGACACCGGGGGACAGAGAUACAGCGCUGACCCCACCAUCUUCCUUGGGGAGAGGAUCUCCAGGGAUGAGGAUGAGGAUGGAUACAUGACCGCCAUGAAAGACAAGAGUUCUUCAGAAUACCUGAAUCCAAUUGAGGAAAACCCAUUUGUGUCACGUCAUAAAAAUGGGGAGAUCCAUGCGUUGGACAAUCCAGGCUACCACAGUACACCCAGCAGUCAGCCUAAAGGAGAGGACGAGUACAUCAACGAGCCCCUCUACUUCAACACCUUUCAUAGCACCGCAGAGACCCUGCGGAGAAACGGUCUGCCUCUUCCCUCCCAGGCUCCCUCUUCCAUCUCAGUCACCACCUCAGGGUCCCACCUCCCACUCAGCAUCCAGACCAGCAUCCCCCACUACCCUCUCCCCACAGCCCAGCCCUCUCCAUCUGGUAUGUCCUGCCAUCACGGUACACUGACCCACAUCCUCCACACCCAUCACACUGUCAAACCUGCAGGAAAAGCUGGCAAUCCCGGUGGUGUUUCCACCGGUCACAGCCAGACAGGAACUACUGCCCUGGCUUCGGUGUGCCAGUCAGGUGUCCCAUCCACUGCGGGCCCCGUUGGGCACGGCAACCUGCCAGCCUACCAGAGCCACGUCGGCUUGCAGGCUGCCAGCCUGCUGAAGCACGGUGGACAGACAGCAGGUAAAGCCGCUGGGAAGAAGCUGAAGGUAACCUUUGACAAUCCGGAAUACUGGCAGCACAGCUUGCCACCCAAACCAUCUGACGGUUCCCAGAGUGGGUCAGCCAAUGCGAAGCUCUUUUACAAGCAAAACGGACACGUCAGACAGGCAGUAGCUGAAAACCCUGAAUAUAUGUCUGAGUUUUCCCUGAAAUCUGGCCCAGUUUUGCCACCUCCCCCCUACCGGCAAAGGAAUACUGUGGUCUAAAUUUAGCCUCAAUGUGACCCCAGCCUCUCGAAACCUCUCCAGUUCCCCAGCCAGAGCUGCCACAAAUUCCUCCCUGAUCCAUUCAAGACUGUAGCAACACUGGACCCAAAUCAAGAAGACCAAUAUCUAAUACAUUUCUGUCCUGAAGAUAAAGACUAUAAUCUUAGACACGCAGAUUGUGGAGAUAGUACCACACUGUAGCAGGUAUAACUGUCAAUUCCUGCAAAAUACUUGGUGUCUAAACCCACUGCCAGCAAUUCUGCUGUGUCCGUUGGAAAAGCGGAACGACACUUUUUCUUUUCUUUUUUCAUUUUGUCCUCAAUGCAAAACUAUAUUUAUGAACACACAGGUAUUCAACACCAAUAACACAAAAAGGACUUGAAAGAGGCUUUUACUCGGCUGCAGGAAGAGGAAAGGACAAACAAAUGGAGGAAAGAAGUCUGAAAGCUGAUCUAUUAUGUUUGGAUUUUUAUGGGUAGUAUUUAUACUGUAAGGUAGUUUGUUUCAUAGGGGAGGUGAAAAACCACAAAAUGCAGCGGACAGAAGCUGAUGGCAUCUAAAGUAUUGGUAGACAGUAGCAACAAAAUCAGAGCGAUCUCUAUGGGCCAGCCAAAGCUGCAAAAUGAAAACUCAAUGAGCAGUUUCUAAUGUGAAUUUAGAGGGGAAAAAAAUGUACAUAAAACACACUGUACUAUAUUUUAAAAGCUGUGAUGACAAAACGUUCUCCCCGGAAAUCUUACAGUAUAUUUUUUCAAGAAAACACUUCACCAGAAUUGCUUAACAGGAUGAGGCAUAUUAUUUUCAUAAGUCAUCCAUUAACCCUUUUUGGGCCAUGGAAUUAAUAUUCAGUAACAUAAUUUGGUAUUCAGAGUAGACCUUGCCGCUCAUUAUAUGGUAAUUAAACCUUCUCGUCAGUCAAGAAGGCAAAAUGCUAAUACGAAAGUUAAUGCUUUUAUCUAAGUAAAUAUCAUUAAAUACUAUUAUACAACUGUUUCCAUAAAAUAAAAUGCGUCCCAAAAAUGUAAGUCUUCUAAGCUUGAGAGAAUUUAAAAUUCUUUAUAUUAAAAAUUGAGAAUUUAAAGGAGGGAAACAGAGUAACUCCAUAAAUUAUUAUUUUUGUAAUAAUUCAAGUAUACAAAAAAAACAGAACAGACUUCUAUGGUGCAUUAUCAUGUUGGUUGAUUAUGGAUGAUGAUGAUGACGAUGAUGAUAAAGUGGAAAAUGGGAACCUUUUUGACCUAUAGAAAACAGCUGGAACUGCUGUAAUACAGUAUGCCAAUUGUUGGUGCUGUCACUUUGUAAAGUAAGACUACAUGCACACAAACCGACUGCUUUUUUUCCACUCUAAUCUAAAGCUGUUAUUAUCUUGGUUGUGAUGUACUUGGGCACAGAAUCAACACUUACCAUGUUUAUGUUCUCCUUUUUUACCGAUAUUCAACAUUUUCGUGACUACUCCCCAAGAGGGGUUGCGUCAGGAAGGGCAUCCGGCGUAAAAACUGUGCCAAACAAAUAUGAGCGUUCAUCUGAGAUGUCAUGCUGUGGCGACCCCUAACAGGAUAAGCCAAAAGAAACUUACUUACAACAUUUAUGUGAUUAAGAUAACAUCUACUUGAAUGUUUGCAUUUUUGAAUUUCCUUAACAUUGUAAACACGGAUACCCAACACAGUUGAGUUUUUAUACAUUUUAAGUGUUAUUUGAUUCCCUUCCACUGCAAUUCCUGACUUUGUAUGUGUCUGUGGGCAAGCCGACACUCAAUGCUGCUCCAUCAAACAGUCAUUAAUUAUUCUUUUUCCUGCUAAGUCAUACAGAACACAUUUCAAAGAAAAGCCAUCAAGCUUCCCAAAUGAUGCAUUUCUGUCACUUACCCUUUUGAGGAUCAGCUUCAUCACUGAAUCAGCUCAUAAUCUGGGCCUGUUGCCUUCUUUUUUUUUUUUUUUACCCCAAACUUUGUUUAUUUUUUGCAUGUGUUCAGAUUCAAACCUCCCCAUGAAGCACUUUAAUCAAAAGUGCGGGAGGGUACUAGAUAUUUCUUCCAAAAUAUCCAACUUGUUUAUCUGCUCGUUCACCACUUCAGAACAUGGAGCAUUAGCAAAGAUCAGUGGCACUUCGUCAGCCAAGAGUUCAUGAAGGAAACACUUUUGGCGGGUAUGAUCGACUUCAAGAAUAUAUUCAAUUUAGAGAAAGUGUGCGCGCGCGCGUGUGUGUGUGUGUGUGUGUGUGUGGGUGUGUGGGUGUGUGUGUGUGUGUGUGUGUGUGUGUGUGUGUGUGUGUGUGUGUGUGUGUGUGUGUGUGUGUGUGUGAUCCAAACAGUAGUCAUAAUCUUUCUUUGAUGCUGUCAUGAUUAUUUAAUGAAGGAGUAUUUUGUAAUCCCUUUUGGAGCUGCAACUCAUUGAAAUGGAGACAGUAUUUAAUGUCAAGUGUGAAAUAUUUAUAGCCUGUUUUAGCUUGUUUAUACGGUGCACUGGAAGUAACCGGCAAAUGUGGGUUUCAAGGAAUGAGGAAAAAGUGACGAUGACGAUAAAGAGCCUCAUCCAUGUAUGUUUCCCCCAAAUCAUUGCGCAAUGUCGACGUUCUGAAUCAAGAGUGAGACCGAGGACGCUGCUGGGCUCACACGUUUUGUCUCUCUGCAGUCUGUAAAACUUCAUCUUUUGAAAGUAACCACAACUCUUCACAGAAGCAAUAAUUUCCUCCAUGCAUUUGUCGUUUCCAGGCGUGUUUCCCCUCCUUGUCGGGCUGAGCUAUCUCCCAUAUAACCACUUGAAUCCUUAUCUGUUUUGUUUGCACCAUGUAAUCCCCUUUAGUGUUUCCUAUGCGUUGUGUGAUCUCCUUCCAGGGUUCUUUUUGUUUCCUGCCCCCCUGUGUGAUCAUCAAGCCUGUUUUCUUAAGCCCAAGUGAACAUCUUCUGUCUUGCAUGUGGUAUCCCAUCUCUUCCUUCUUUUGCAUCAUGUGAUCUUUUUUUCACAUUGUCUUGACCAAAUGUGGUCUUCUUCACAGCAUGUGAUAACCUUCGUUUCUUUUGAAAGUUUGUUUUGCUUUGUCAUGUGUUUUUGCCGAUUUUCCUUCAUGCCUUUGGUUCUCAUUCUUGACAUGCUACCAACAUCAAUUUACUUUUGUUUCUUUAAUGGGAUUACUGUCCUAUCAAGUAUGUUUAUUGAAAUCACGAGCACAAAUUGAAAAUCCUGAUUUCUUGCCACUUGUAAUGUAUAUGUAUCAUCUUGAUUGCUUGGUUGUUUGGGGUGUUUUUAAAAGUAUUAUUAUUAUCCCCAUUGAUUAUGUAAUGUCCAAAUUGUGUUGUUUGAACAGAAAUUGCACAAAUCUCUGCUUUUAAGUUAAUUUCUCGUGUUAAAAUAUAACUGUACAGAAUCUUUGGGGUAACUAACGCACUUCAAAUGUGAAUAUUAUUUUUAUAAAAGCACUGAAAUAAUUACGGGCAAUGGAAACUUGUAUGUAGACGGUGUUCCUUUGGAUUCGUACCUUUUUCUCCAUCUGCAGUUUCCUCCUGCUUAUCUACGAUACACAAAAAAAAAGCAAACAGUCAUUCAUAACUGCUUUAUGUGAAUUUAUGUUUUGACAAAUGGAGGGUGAGGGGGUUGUAUUUAAUAUGCUUGUUAACAGUUUCUUAUUUCUCCCCUUGGCGCUGUCAACCUGAAAAAGUAGGCCUCCAGCAAACCACCAUAAACUGGUCCUGUCCAUUUUUUUUCUUCUGAGCCAAGUCCGACAUCUUCUAGACCCGUUUUCUCUUCUGCAUGCUUUGAGCAGGUACCGAGUUGAGAGAGCCUUUGCCAAAUAACUUAGCUUUGUCCUUUUGUCCUCUCUGUGGUCUUUGCAGAUCAUGCCCAAAGCUUUGUAUCAUAAAAGUAC